AUGGCUGGAGGCAGAGAAUUCAAGGUGAGUACGAGGAAGCAAGAAGUGGUGGCCGCUGCACUGCCAUUGCAAGAGCACUGGCUACCACUCUCCAACCUCGACUUGCUUCUGCCACCAGUCGAUGUGGGAGUGUUCUUCUGCUACAAGAACCACAACAGCCCUUCUGUGACCGCCGCCAGGGUCGGGGUUCUGAAGAAGGCCCUGGCCCAAGCACUGGUGACAUACUAUGCCUUUUCGGGUGAGGUGGUGGCCAAUUCUGUUGGGGAGCCUGAGAUUCUGUGCAACAACCGUGGGGUUGAUUUCACCGAAGCUUUUGCUGAUGUUGAACUUAAAGAGCUCAACCUUCAUAACCCUGAUGAGAGCAUUGAAGGAAAAUUGGUUCCUAACAAGAAGCAUGGAGUUCUGGCUGUCCAGGCAACUGAACUUAAGUGUGGAGGGAUGGUGGUGGCAUGCACAUUCGACCAUCGCAUAGCAGAUGCCUACUCAACCAACAUGCUUCUCAUUUCAUGGGCAAAGAUGGCCAACUCAAAAUCGCCACUCACUAAUAAGGUGCCCUCUUUCCGUCGUUCUUUACUAAACCCUCGGCGUCCCGGUCAGAUCCAUCCUUCCCUAAAUGACAUGUACGUCCCCGUUACAUCUCUGCCUCCUCCUCCUAAAAUGGAGACCAACGGUCACGAGGAUCACCUCAUUAGUCGCAUAUACUACGUCGCAGCUGAGCAACUUAUCAAACUCCAAGCUCUUGCCAGCUCCAAUGGUUGCAAAAGGUCCAAGCUGGAGUCCUUUUGUGCAUUCUUGUGGAAAAUGGUUGCCGGAAGUGAGACCGGCAAUGAUGUCAAAAAAUUAUGCAAAAUGGGUAUUGUAGUUGACGGACGAUCUAGAUUAGCUGAUGGAAAUGAUCUGAUGUCUAGUUACGUUGGCAAUGUGUUGUCUAUUCCAUUCGGCGGUAAAAAAAUACAAGAGCUCAAUGAAAAAUCACUGAAUUGGGUAGCUGAUGAAGUUCAUGAGUUCCUGGAAUGUGCUGUGACGAAGGAGCAUUUUUUAGGGCUGAUAGACUGGGUGGAGGCUCACCGCCCAGUGCCAGGCUUGGCCAAGAUAUACUGCAAUGGGAGCAAAGAAGGGCCUGCUUUCGUGGUGUCCUCCGGGCAAAGAUUUCCGGUUUCUAAGGUGGAUUUCGGUUGGGGGGCACCGGUGUUCGGGUCGUACCAUUUUCCAUGGGGAGGCAGUUCCGGGUAUGUGAUGCCAAUGCCGAGUCCGGUGGGGAAUGGGGACUGGGUUGUGUACAUGCACAUGUUGAAAGGGCAGUUGGAUGUGAUAGAGAAGAAGGCUGGUCAUGUGUUCAAGCCCUUGACCAUUGGUUAUCUUAUGUAGUUGAAAUUUAUUACUGUUAUGUAUUCAUUAGCUAAACUAAUUUCCAUCUAUGUGCGUAGCUAUAUAUGUGAUAUGUCUCACAUUAUCGAUCUGCACUCUUCAAACUAUAGUAACCAGCUGUAUAUCAAUAAUGGUGUACGUAUUUAUGUAUGUAUCUAGAUAUUAUGAAUGGCAUUCUCUUUCCAAUUAAGUGUGUUGAUCAAGUACC